AUGACGGAGGCUAAUCAGAGCCACAUCUUUUGGCUUCAUGUGGCUUUGUCCUUCAGCGCCUUUCAGAUACUUCUGCUUCCUUCCCGGCAAGAAGCACAGGCAAAGGUUUGGUUUGCGUUGGCUUGCUUUGGUUUGCUUUGGUCCACGGUGAGCCUCAAUGCGCAGGUUGGACCACAGCAGACACUGUUUUCUGCAGCUCAGGCAAGUGGCAACGCAGCAGCGACAGAGCUGGUGGAAGAGGCCGCUACGGAUCUUCUCUUCACAGAACUGUCGAAGUUGCCACGGGCACAGGAGAUGGAGGACGGCAUUGUGCAGCAGUGUCUCCACGCGGGAGCCAAUCCGAUUCGUCCAGGUGGAGCUGCUGGCCACCUCCCUUUGCAGCAUUUGUGCAUCCAGGAAAUGCACCAUCCGGAGCCCCCAGAUCCGAUGAUCGCCAAGCGAGUGGCCAGCAGAGUUGCGCAGGCAGUCUCGCAGCUGACAGAAGCGGCCCCGCUUGUCCUCAUAAUGGCUUUUGCAAGCCCGCAAGCCAAUGAAGCAGCACUGCCGCUGGAAGCAGCAGCCUUGAACAAGAGUUUGGGCCGGGUAAUCGUUCCAGUCCUCAGCUCUGCUGUGGGCCGGCUCUUGCUGCAGCGGCCUGCCCUGGCCGCUGCGCCACUUCUACGUAGAGCAGUAGAAGUGGCCCACAAGAAAUUCCCAGAUGUGUCUUUCGUCACCCGCCUGGCAGAAAUCAUUCACGCAGCCGCCCCGUGCUUGGACAGUGCAAGCGAUGCAAGCGGGAAGCAAGCCAUCUGGGAGCCCCGCUGCGCAUACGAGAACUGGACGUUGCGUGAGCGCAGGCUGGCGAUUCUCCGUCCACUCCUGGAGCAGCUCGGGGCUGCUACUGUGGACGGACAGCGUGAAGAAGCUGUUGCCAGACUGGCUGAAUUAGAGGCUGUGCUGGACAGGAGGCGGCGGCAGCAUGCUGAGCAGAUUGCGGAGCUGCAAUUAGCAUUGGACAAAGCUCAGCGUGCUGCUGAGGAGGCCAGUGCUCAGGUUCAAGCUGCCCUUCAUUCUCGGCGCUCUCCGCAUGAAGUCCGUGUGGAGCCUGCCCUGGGUGGUGCUAGCAAGAGCGGUGUUCCAUUUGGCCAAAGUUUGCCAAAUGCUGCAUCUCUGGACACGCCUGCGGAGCUGUUACGAAACAUUCGACAGCAACGCGGCUUGGACAUCGACUACAGCGCCGUGCCGCCAGAAGUUCUGCAGAGUGCAAGUGCCAUGCAGCGCAGCAUUGGUGCUGCCGUGGAGCGUCUGGCCAUCGACCUCUAUGCCUCAAAAGGGCAUUUUCUCUUGGAGCUGAUCCAGAACGCUGAUGACAAUCGCUAUGACGACCGAGGCCAGUGA